AUGCCGUCCUCAAUCCCCAAUACAAAGGGCUCUGCAUCCCCCGCAGACGUCCCUCAUGGCGCCUGGGACUCCUUCCCCUGGACCCCAUUCCCCGAGUACGCCGGCUCCAAGUCGGUCAUCUACCGCUCUGCUGAUGGAAGGAUUGCCGCCGGCGCCGCCAAGGAGACGGGUACCGCGACACUUACUUAUCCCUGCGGCGAGUUUUUCUACGUGACCAAGGGCUGGAUCAAGCUGAAGGUUCAUGGGGGAGACGUUGACCCUGGAAAAGGGCCAGUUUAUAUAUCUCAAGAAAGGGACCACAGCGGAUUUUGA